AUGGUCUCUUGCUUCUAUCCGUUCGUUCUGCUCGCCCUCCGCGCGGCGCUCACGACCGCCGAUACCGUCGACAACGAUGAAGGCGGCAGCCUCAUGAUGGCCGUCGGCACGAACGGCGCGACCGUAGCCGCCACGAGUGGCACCACUUCCUUUCUGAACACCGAGUACAAUCCCGAUCGGUGCGUGCUCCAGUUCCUGAGUCUCGGCUGCGACGACGAGAGCUGUGGCGAGCUCAAUGGGUUCAAGCUCGAGUGUGUCUCGAAAGGGCUGCAAAACGGCCGCGAGAAGAAGAUGUGCGAGUGCCAAGCGGCCGACUCGGAAAAGUGCCAGAACUCGGUGAGCCCUGACGUCACGUCGGGCACCGUCGCUCAAUUUGGCGAGUGCAGUGACCAGAGUCAGUGUGCGGACUCUUAUGGCUACAUUGCCACGUCUCAGGAAGAAGGGCCCGUCUGUGCCGAACGGCUGCACUGUCUGCAGGAAAUUAAUUCGAAGGCCACGGCGCCGGCUUCGAUUUGCCACACGUGCAUGUCGUGCAUUGCACAGAAUGACGCGGCCGAGAAGCAAUUGGCGGCUGCCAAGCGCUUUAACUGCUCGUCCAUUUGUCCGCAAGAGAUUCUCGAGACGGUGGCCGAGCGCAAUGCGGCCGGCGUGGGCAUUGCCGACUCGUACUCGGUCACGGGCUCAGCCAGUGACUCAGCUGCUGGGAGUGCUGCAGCGGUGCCGGACAGCACGUCGGACGUGCGGGACACGAGCGCGUCGUCAAUGGUCACGCCGCAGACCAAGAUGGGGGUCAUGGUGUCGGUGAUUGUUGCCGUGGUGCUGGUGGCCGUGAUGCACUAG